CCGGCAUCAGUAGGACGUGAGAAGAUACCCAACCGUUGGACAGGAAAUAAGGUCGAGGUAACUGUCCGCUCAUCGUGGUGGGAACAAUACCGUCACGGCUGAAAGAGGUCGUAACGUGAGGCCAGCCGCGUUCAAACAGUCGUGAGUUAGUCUAAAUUUUUAAAAGCCAGCUCGGUUGCAAAACAGGAAUUAAAAGUGACAACCAUAGCUGGCGUCGUCCACUUUUUGGUGACAUUUUCACUCCGCCGGUGAGAAGCUGUCAGCUGCCAGGGCUUUCCUCCUUCCCCCUCCAGGAGCACAUUUUGUAUUGUUUUGUUUGUUUACUUAUUUAUUUUAAAAACACAACACGUACACAGUCGAGCCAGUUGUAGUAGUAUCUGUAUAAGCCAAGGAGGAGGAGGAGGGAGAUCGCGGCUGGGUACAAAGAGCGGCGAGCACCCAGAGAGGAGGCUGGCGGACGGGACGGAGCGGAGCGGAGCGGCGAGGACAACAGCGGGGACCCGACCGAGAGCAUCUCUGAGUAAUUUCUGAUCUACGCGAGCUCCACGAGUGAUUUUAAUUAGCGGAAUCCCCAACACCGUUUAUCGACCAAAAAGGACUUGUCCAGCAACAGCUGGUCCUCUCCAUAAAUACCUGCUCCUGAUCUGUUCACACCCCCCCACCACCACCCUCAGGUCCUGCAGCCAUCACCUCCACUUUGUACCGAUGAAGGAGGCCGACGCCAUCAAGUUGUUUGUGGGGCAGAUUCCUCGGAAUCUGGAGGAGAAGGACCUCAAGCCCAUUUUUGAGCAAUUUGGCAAGAUCUACGAACUGACUGUGAUUAAGGAUAAAUACACCGGGAUGCACAAAGGAUGCGCGUUUCUGACGUAUUGCGCACGAGAGUCGGCCCUGAAAGCCCAGAGCGCUCUCCAUGAGCAGAAAACACUACCAGGGAUGAAUCGGCCGAUCCAAGUUAAACCAGCUGACAGUGAAGGCCGAGGAGAGGACAGGAAGUUGUUUGUGGGCAUGCUGGGAAAGCAGCAGAGUGAUGAGGAUGUCAGAAGGCUGUUUGAGCCCUUUGGCAGCAUAGAGGAGUGCACUGUUUUGAGAGGACCAGAUGGCACAAGCAAAGGGUGCGCCUUUGUGAAAUUCCAGGGUCAUGCCGAAGCCCAAGCUGCAAUCAGCAGCCUGCAUGGGAGCCGCACAAUGCCUGGAGCGUCGUCCAGUCUGGUGGUAAAGUUUGCUGACACGGAGAAGGAGCGGGGGCUGAGGAGGAUGCAGCAGGUGGCCUCCCAACUCGGCAUCUUCAGCCCCAUGACCCUCAACUUUCCUGCCUACAAUGCCUACACGCAGGCGGUCAACGCACAGCUUGUCCAACAGCAGGCCCUGGUUGCCCAGUCAGCGUACUUGUCUCCUGUCGCAACAGUUGCUGCUGUACAGAUGCAGCAGAUGGCGGCACUCAAUGCCAACGGAAUCAUCGCAACACCCAUUACACCUAUCACACCGUCCUCGGGUACAAACACUCCACCAACUAUCGCAGCAACACCUGUGUCAGCUAUCCCGCCAGCAUUAGGAGUGAAUGGUUACAGCAGCGUGCCAGCUCCCACCAAUGGACAGCAAACAGAAACACUGUACACCAAUGGAGUUCACCCAUACCAAGCCCAGAGCCCAGCUGCAGCUUUGGACCCUCUUCAGCAAGCCUACGCAGGCAUGCAGCACUACACAGCGGCGUAUCCUGCUGCCUACGGAUUGGUUGGGCAGCCGUUUCCCCAGCAGCCGACACUGGUUGCUCAGCAACACCAGCAGCCCCAGCAACAGCAGCAAAGAGAAGGUCCAGAGGGGUGUAACAUCUUCAUCUACCACCUGCCACAGGAGUUCAGUGACUCUGAGAUGCUGCAGAUGUUCCUGCCCUUUGGCAAUGUCAUAUCGGCUAAAGUGUUCGUGGACCGAGCUACCAACCAGAGCAAAUGUUUUGGAUUUGUGAGUUUUGACAACCCUGCCAGCGCUCAGGCUGCUAUCCAGGCGAUGAAUGGCUUUCAGAUUGGCAUGAAAAGACUCAAAGUGCAGCUCAAAAGGCCCAAAGAUGCCAACCGCCCAUACUGAGUGACAGCGGAGAGAAGAACGAACAAAUACGGAGAGAUCCUCCCGUCCAAUCAUAUUUCACGAGGACCCCAUCGCUAUGGCAAUGGUUGCCUAGUGACCGAUAAAGCCCUGAUCCCCCCUUCCUCUCGCAUUGUUGUAAGUUGAUUGGUUGGCCUGUGUUUGGGUUGCUGUGGCGAUUUUAUUGCCUGUGUUGGUUCUGUCACCUCGAGCAACCAGCCAUGCGUUGACCUGCAUGUCCUGUUGCUGUAGUGAUCACAGACUGUGUUUGGUGCAUUGUGACUUUAUUUUGUAUUGACCUGUGCACAUACUGAUCAAUAACUAUCUAUAGCCAGGACUGCACUCAACUGAUUCAACUGAUCUGAUUGGAUAUUUGAUACACUUAAUCACUUUAUAGUAAUCUAUCUGAGAAAUUCUGUAGCAAAGCUUGUUAUUUUUUUUGCAGCUUUGUUUUUGAUCAGUUUCUGUAGUGUUCUGUUUGGUGUCAUUAUUAUUAUUUGAACAAAUGGUUUGGGUAAAAUAGUGAGCGUGGACAUCUAUGUGUGCAUAUGUUUCUGUGUUACACUGUUAGCGUGUAAUGCAGGACUGAAUAAUCUUCGUUGCAUUGCCUUCUGCAUUGAGGUGUCCAUAGUUUUCCAUAACAAACUGGUGGAGACAAGCACAGCAACAACACAGGGAACAAGAAUUAUGCUUUGAUGGGGGAAAAAUACAUGUAUUAGGAAGUUGCAGCAUAAAAUGGCAGGCCGUGAUGGACAAGAGGACAUGACAUGUUUAUGGUAUGCAAAACUCCAAAAUGUGGCUGCAAACGGAUCCAACGCAUGGGAUAUAUAUAAACAAGAAGAAUUAGAUUAAGUUAUCUUUUUGAUGGCUGUAGCGCUCUGUUUUCAUGGGCGAGCAUGCAUUUUGUUGAGCUGUACUCUGAUAGGCUGAGUUCAUAAUCUUGGAUUGUGACUUUUUUACACUGUGAUGCUGCACUUUAGUUUUCUUACUCCUCCAUUUUUCUCUGAGACUUCUUUACAUCUUUUAUCACUGCUCCUGCUCUUUUUCUGUCUCUCUUGUCGUCUUCUUCUUCUCCACAUUUUUCUCUCCUUCAAGUGUUGAUCUGCUUCUUUCAUCUCAACCUCCUUAUACUAUUCCUUCUGACUUGUGUUUUGGGGUGAAGGGUAUGAUGGUGUCAUGGUGGAAGAACAAGUGCCUCUUGCUCAUUGGAGAACAGCCUUCAAAUAUAGGAAUUCUGGGAGAGUUUUUUAAAAUUUAUUUAAGACUUAAAAACUUCAGCAUGGCUGCUGUCAGAUCAGAGUGUGGAGGCAUCAAAAGGAUUUUCACUUUUAUUUUUUUUCAACUUUGUGUAACCUGCUAUGCCUUGCAAAAGUAAUCACACACUCAGACAUCUUACACAAUUUACCACAUUGCAACCCAAAACACAAUGUAGUGUUUACUUAUGAAGAGGAAGCAAAACAAAACAUAGUUUCUAAAAAAAAAAAUCUUUAGAAAUAAAAAUUUUAAAAGUGGGAUUUUCAAUUAUAUCGAACUGCUUUUAACUCUAAUACCACUAAAACAAACCCGAUGCUUUGUUCCAAUUAGUUAAUUGUGUCCACCUGUCUGUAAUUUAAUUCUCCUGUAAAUCCAGAUGUUUUGUGGAGAGAAUGUUUUAAUCCAUGAUCUAAAAAUUGCAUAGCUGCAAUGGUUAAAACGAACACUGGUAUGGUUUGUAAUAAAGAAACUAACACUGUACAUCAUCCUAAGCAAUCACUAGGACAGCGUCAUGCCUUAGCAGGGGCAAGGAAGCUGGUCAGUGUUUAUUGGAAGAUGGAUGAAGCUAAUUAAAGGUCAAUCCUGGGGGAAAAAAACAGAUAAAGGCAACAAAAGACUAGAGACUUGGCAAAUGCAGUCCAAGUUAUGAUGGUUUAAAUCAGUUCCUAUUCAUGUGUUUGGCUGACCAAACAAAGUCCAGACCUAGUGCAAAUCUGGUGGAGACAUACAGUACUUCUAAAUUAUUGCAGAGUAUGGCUUAUGUCUAAUGUAUAUAAGUAUAAAUAUAGCGAUGCUCACCACACUUUUUCAAAUGUUUUUUUAUGAAAAAUAACACAAAUGUUCACUAUUUGGUGCUGAUCUGCCACAUGACAUCCUAGUAAAAAAUAAGGUUUGUGGCUGUAACGUCAGAAAAUGUGACAAUCAAAUUAAUCAAACUAAAUUUUCUUUGUACAAUUAAAUAACAAGGCAGUUCAAAGUGUUUUAAUACAUGAAAACUCAAAAAUCAACAAUUGAAACAUUACAUUUUACCAAGCGCUGUCAUUACCUAUCAAAGCAUUGGUUAGUAUUUCACUUAUGAAGGAACUCAGUGUUUCGACUGUUUUACAAUGUUCCGUGGGUGUUAGUAUUUUUGCAAGGCAUUAUAUAUUUAAUGAUUUAAAGACUUCUAUAAAUGAAUAUAUAGACAAUGAAAAUAAUUAAAGCAUUAAAACCUGCAGUUAGAGCAUUUUUCUAAUUAUAUUGUCACCCAGAAUUUCUAUACUGCUAAUGCCAGAGAGUGAUGCAUGUUGUUGGUAGUGUUUGCUUGCCAUGAUCCGGGGCACCUAAGUGCAGCAGAUGCUGAAAACACAUAAAUGCGAGUUCCCAGAGUUUCAAGAGCGCACACACAAACAUACACACACAUGCUUUUCUUACAGACACAUAGUUGAGGUCAUACUAGGAUGCAUACCAGUGACUUACUGUAAUUAGCUGCAUGAUCUGACCAGACACGGUAUGUGUAUAUGUAAAAGCACCGUGAUUUACUACUGUUGACAUCUGCCAAUGAUGCUCUGAGACUGAAAUUUUAAAAAGCUAGGAGCGUCCAAAGGUACAAAGGGGAGCAGCAAGUCUGUCUGUAGCUCCAGUGAUUCCCAGACAGGAGUCUUGUUGGAUGGAUGGGGCAUGUUUGACAAAAUGUGAAGCUCAGAAACCCACGCAGAGCUCCAGUUUUCCUACAAAUUUUAACAAAAUCUUUAAUUUUUUUUUCUCUAUUCCUCUCUUCUCAUUCAUUUACCACUCCCUCUACCCUCCAACUCCUCUCACAGGCGACCUCUCAGAGUCCAACUGAAGGUGAAGUCCCAGGGUUCAUUGUGCUUUCAGACUGUCUUCUACCUGUGAGCGUCUGCAGAGAGCUGCCACACAAACACACACUGACGUACACAGAGAUACCCUUAAUUGUGAACCUCAAAGCUGAAAUGUAUAUAAAAUGCACAAGACAAACACAUGCCUGCUGACACUCACUCACACAGUUAACACAAAUUAGGUAUCCGUACAGCCGGAAGCUUGGUUUGACCAGUCUGUAUGGAAAAGGGUAUUUAGUACAACUAAGAGAACUCAGACCACAUGAGUAGGAAAGGCACUGAUAAAAAAAAAACAAUGAUAUAUCACUUCAAUAGACUUUAACAUGUCUAUUCCAUGUCUAUUACGUGACAAAUAUAGAGGGAUUGUUGUUUCAUAAUAAAAAAGAAAGAAAAUACAAAAAAAGACGGCUAAAUGAGUAGGUUAGAAAGACUUUGGAAAGGAUCCUUAUGAGCUGUAUAUAGUUUAGUUUACAAAGAGCAGCAUUUAAAAAAAACAAGAAAACAUGCAAAAAAGAAUAAUACUUUAGAUAAAACACUGAACAGAACACUACAACAUAACUAUUAUUAUCAUUAUUAUUCUUAUUAAUACAACUAGUAACAUCAUCAUUCUUCAUGAGAAAGCUAUUACAUUCCAAAUUGUAAAAUGGGGAAAUCACAAACCUAUUUUAAAUUUCUACUUAGAUUUUAGGUGAAACACAGGGGAGGGUGCGGGGUUGCACUUUUAUUCGGGAGGUUUUAAUAAUUGAGCUAUUUUUUAUUUAUUUAUUUACUAAUUUAACAAUUAUUUGUUUAUCGGGAGAAAAUGUUUGAGUGGCAAUGCAAUAUUUUGGUUUUAGGAUUUUCUAGAGAAAAACUUUUGAGAGCCUGUUUCUGUCAGACUCUUACAAUCGAGUAAUUAUAAUGUAUCUAUUAACUAUUACAGCAAUUAUAUUUAUUUCUUAUUUAUUGAAUCCUGUUUUUUGAUCCACUCUUUUUAAGUUUAAAUAAAAGGUAUCAUACUAAA